AUGCUUGAAAUCACGACGGUGACUCCAGAGUUUAGUCCGCUAAGUACGGUGACUCAGACUCCAGCAAUCAAAUUGGUCAAAUCCACACAUUUGCUUUGCUUGUUCGGGUUUCAUGUCUGCGAAUCUUGCUUCCUGAUAAAUGUGAAAGCAAAAGUUGGCUAACUACAAUGUUGACGUUUUCCUGGGAUCAGAAACCCCCCAUAGCGCUAUUCCACAACAUCUGCUGCAAGCAGUCAGGGGUGGGGAUUUUGUCAUUGGACUGCAUUUAAGACCAAUCGCAGAAUUUUUAAUAACGCCGUUUCAAUGUCUCCAAAUCUCAACUCUUGUAUGCAGCGUUCUCGAAUCCCUUACAAUCUAAAGAAUCCUGGGGCUAUGUUGACGUGCGCGAGGGGGCACAUAUGUUCUGGUGGCUCUACAACGCUGACAGCCCGUCCGCCAGCUACUCCCAGCUGCCUCUGGUGAUGUGGCUGCAGGUGAGGAACCUUACACUACUCUCUUACCUAUCUACAAGUGGGUAACCUUACACCACAGGAGGUUGGUGCCACCUUAAUUGGGGAGGGCAGGCUAAUGAUAACGAUAACUCCAUAACUCCUUUCUGGCCAUUAUUAUGAGCCGUCCUCCCGUCAGCAGCCUCCUGUGCCAAACACUAUAACACUGUCUUACCUAUCUAGGAUAGAUGGAUGGAUGCUGAUGUAUCUUGACUCUUGCAGGGGGAGGAAGGGAUGGAUGGAUGAUGCAUCUCUAAUAGUGGUAUGUGUCUCUCCAUUCCAGGGCGGCCCGGGAGGAUCAGGCUGUGGCUUUGGGAACUUUGAAGAGAUCGGACCCCUGGAUAGAGACCUUGGGCCUAGGAAAACCUCCUGGGUAAACCUCACACACACACACACACACGGCUCAUCAAUGAAAACUGGAUGUCAGUGUUUAAGGUGUGUGUGUUUGUUUUGCCCCUGCAGGUCCAGUACUCGAGUGUAUUGUUUGUUGAUAACCCGGUAGGAACAGGCUUCAGCUAUACGGACACAGACAAGGCCUUCGCUACUGACGUGGCUACUGUCGCCUCCGACAUGCUGGUGCUGCUCAAACACUUCUUCGACAAGAAGGAAGAGUUCCAGGUGGGUUCAGCUUCACACAGGUUGGAUCACCAGAAGUGAGUUCAGAAUGGUGUUCAACUUUUAAUUCAGUGGAAACGAUAGUGUACUGAAUGACCAGUUGAAGAACGGUGUGAUUUAUGGUGGCACAGAGGGAGAUUGUGUAUGGCAGGGGUUAAAGUUCUCGUCACUGCAACGGAUUUCCUUCAUAUGGAUGACGCGGGAGGUUUUGAGUAAAAACAAAAUAUAAUAAAACAAAUUGGGGAUGGGGGGGAUUAAUUUCCAGGCAGACUACCAACUUUUAUUUCCUCACGUGUUUUGCGCUCGCUCAUUCCACCCACACUGCCACUCAGCCAGGCAGGUACAGAACUGACUGGUUAGGUGCUGCCAAACGUGACAUCAAUAGCUAAAAUGCCAGGCAAAUGUAGAUUUAAUUGUUUGUGCGUAUUCAACAACUUUUAUUUCAGCUCAUGAAACAUGGGACCAACACUUUACAUGUUGCGUUUUAUAUUUUUGUUCAGUAUAGUUUACCCACCUUUUUUUUCACCACUACAUCACUGGACCCAACCAACACAAACUGUGUAAGGAGCCAAAAAUGCGUCAGACUUUGACAUUGUGAGCAUGAGAGAAUUGGCCCUGAAGAGACCCAUGAAGGGGGAAAGACUCUGCGCUGACGCCACUUUUACAUGUGACUUCUUCUCUGCAACAACCUCCAGAGCUUUUUUUGCCAAUCGCCUCAUUCACAGGUCGCCCGCGAUAUUCCGCUUUAUCAAGCGUCAGCCUUGCUCCUGCCAUUCUGAUGGCCGUUCACAUACCGUUUUCCUCACACAGCCAACCCCUCUUUCUCCCGACUGGCACACUAAAGCUGCCAGUCAGAAGCAAGAUGCUUUUUCGUAGUAACACAGUCAUUAAGCUGGAAUUGUGUAGUAAUGCAAAUAGGAAAUGUUAUUCACCAGUAGGCAUGUCCCAAAACUCUGCUCAUCACUACUGAAAUGACUAAAUCAUCAGUACUGACUCACCACUCAUGUAUUUAGUAAAUAAUUAGUGAAACAACGUAUUAUUGAGUAGAACUUGUCAGGUAGUGAUGAAUACUAAGUUAUUUUUUCCAUUAGGUUGUGGAGAUAUAUACUGCCAUCUGGUGUCAACUAGAAACAGGUGCACUAUUACAAAUUGAUGGUCCUUGAAAAUAGAUAUUAGUGCUUGAAAAUGUACUUGGAAAAGGUCCUUGAAUUUGAAUUGCCACUGUCUGUACGAACCCUGUCAAACCAACUUUGCCUCACAUUGGCCAAAUAAUUUGUCUAACUCUUUCCACCAGCGAACACGCACGACACCCGCAUCAAACCACACCCUGAAACCAAUUCGCGUUUGAAUUCAGUCAUGGCUGCUAGCAUUUCUUAAAGAACCGAAUUUUAAAACGAGGCUGAAUCAGGAAGUGCAGUCGCCCUUUAAAUUAUAGUCAUGCGAAAAACAUUUUUUUUCUCUUGCUUUAACCGCUGUGUAUGCUGCACAAGUUUUGUGAUUUCAAAUGGUCACACCCAUAUUGAUCAGGCCACACCCACCAAACGGGAGAAAACGUACCUCAAAGGCUGUUGAAGAGCAGUGCGCUCCGUUUUGGGUAAACUUGUCAUUCGGUACAAACCAUCACACAAAUGUUUAACCAAACUGAACGCACCCCAGGAGUCUCCUUUAGGGAGGGAGGGAGGGAAGGAAGGAAGGAUGUAUUUAAAAGUAUUGGAACACGGCACCUAUGGCUCAAACUUCUCAAUGCAUUUAAAACAUUUUUUUAAUUUUGUCUUCUCUAGAGUGUGCCCUUCUACAUAUUCUCUGAGUCCUAUGGAGGGAAGAUGGCUGCUGUGAUCUCACUGGAACUCACUAAGGUAGGCACAAAUUACGUCCCCAAUGGCAUCCUGUUCUCACUAUAUAGUGUAUACGGGCCCUGGUCAAAAGUAGUGCACUGUCAUGGGAAUAGGGUACAAACCUACUGUCCUGUCUCUGCUGUGGGAAACCUUUUCCAGUUCUAGUACUUUGGUAUGUAAGUGAAUAGGAACCAUGCAUGGAAAAACUGGUAGAUCAAUGGUGUCUGACUCGGUAAUGGAACAGGGUUUUCAAAACGAAAGACUUAAGGUUCACUGUCGUGUGUUGAGCAAUGCAUGACGUAGACAGGAACUAAUGACUCGUGCUAAGUUGGGGCCUACUUCCUCAAAUCUCUACCCACACUGGUCAGCACUGGUCACCAUGGGUUCCUGUGUCUUUUUGGCUGUUUCUGUCUCUCUCAAUUCAAUAUACUUUAUUGACAUUUGAAGUGUUAUGACUUUUGGCUUGGGAUAUUCAAGAUUUUACUGAUUUUAUUUACUGUAAUAAUUAAUUGAUCUGAUUUUUAUUAAUUUGUUAUCCUAUCCAAAUUAAUCUGAUACCAUUUAAGGGUUGGAUUGGAGAUCCUUGAAUUAAUUAUAUCAGUAGUUAUCAUUAGCUGGGUAAUAUGAACCAGUCGGCAAUCGUACUGCGACGCUCCAGCAGAUGCUGUGGAAGGGGUGCUAGUGUUGGCCUCUGUCACCACGACCUCACCGUGCUCUUGGUAAUAAUGCCAUAACGACUAUGUGCAGAUGAUACAGACAUAACAGUAUGAAUUAGCACAAGGUGAUGAAUACAGAGCCUAAGCAUGCACGUGCUCCCAUAAAAGAAAUAUCGGCAGCCAUCCCAUAAUGCAAUACUGUGUGCAGAUAAAAAGCAAAGAUCUCAGCUAACACCUGAAUGUGCGAGCAUUCACCACAGCAUUAAGUUGCAGCAUGAAACACAUGAAGAACUAGUAUGUAAGACAUGAAGAUAACAGAUGCAGCAGAGAUGAAUUACAGAGCUAAAACAUGACUAGGAUGAAGUAAUCACUACAAUACAUUUACAUUACAUUUUAGUCAUUUAGCAGACGCACUUAUCCAGAGCGACUUACAGGAGCAAUUAGGGUUAAGUGCCUUGCUCAAGGGCACAUCGACAGAUGUUUCACCUAGUCGGCUCGGGGAUUAGAACCAGCUACCUUUCGGUUACUGGCACAACGCUCUUAACCACUAAGCUACCCGCCGCCCCAAUACGUACCAUACAAUAGCAUAUGUUAAGAGAUAUAUAUAUAUAUAUAUUAGUCACUAUGCUGUCACUAGAAUAACACUACAAGACGUAAGAUGGGUAGUCCCUCCCAGUCGGUCUAUGUCAAAUGAAUGAUGCGUGAUAGAAACGUGGGCUCAUUCGUUCAACGGGCGUGGCCUCGCCUCGAAGGAACUUGAUCUGACGUCUGUUAGCUGGUCCUGUAAUCUAUAGGGAUACUCAGAGGGCGGGCUCUAGUAGCUCUGACAGCGUGGCACGGAAACGCCCCGUUGAUUCUGAGAACCCCGAAAAAUUAAAGUUAAUAUGAGGAUAAAACCUGAGAUUUCCUCGUAAGUGUCCACAACAUAUUUUUCUUGUACAGACGUUUCAUCAUCUCUGACAUGAAAUACAUAGCCUGUAGUGCGUACAUUCAUGUUACAGCAAAAUGCCCGUUAUGCUUCUUUUAUGACCAUAGGAGGAUCAGAAGAGAAAUAUCACAUUGCUUCAAGUUAUAUCAACAUGUCUUUCAGUUUAAUACAGUGUUUAAGAAAACGUGUUUCAUUUUGCGCUAUUGGCGACAUUUUCUCUUUGUUACGAAAAAUGGGAAGAAAAAGUCCCCGACUUUCUCUCUAUCAAUACACAUCUCUUGGCUCUCAAGCCUGGCUGGUCGUUUCCCCAGUAACCAGAUCACAAGGCGUCCUGCUGACUGACUGUCCUCUGACCUCCUCAGGCCAUUCAGAGUCGUAAAGGUAGAGCUGUUUCCUUUGUCUUGUGAUAGCCUUGAAAGGGGCGCCGUCAAAUACAAAACUGUAAGUCUUGGCCUCACCACCACUUCAUGGGCUCUCGUCACCACAAAAGUAAAACCCUUCCAUUGUCAAAGUAGACGCAUUACAACGAUGGUCAAAUAUAAUUAUGUUAUUAGUGGUAAUAAUAUUAACAGCAAUUACAAUAAAUAAUAAUAAUGGGAUAAAAUUAGUGCUGGUACCAGUUGUAAUAUGACUUCUAGUAAUGGCAUGUUAAUGACUAGUAAUGACAUGGCGCUCUGCUAUUCUAACAUAUGUCUCUCUAUAGGCUGUAGAAAAAGGAACCGUGAAAUGUAACUUUGCUGGAGUGGCUCUGGGGGACUCUUGGAUCUCUCCACUGGGUCAGUAUUUACCUCGGAGCACAGAACAUCAGAACAUCCAGUUAGAACAUAAACUCAUAAAACAUUCAGUACACGGCUCUUUAAAAGUCAGAACACUCUUUACAACACUUUUUAUUGGACCAAAAGUCUACUCUAACCCCUCUCUAACCCUUAAACACUUCAGGUUCACUGAAGACUGGUACUGUAUCCCAAAUUGCAUCCUAUUCCCUAUAUAGUGCACUACUUACGACAAGAUCCCUAUGGGGCCCUGGUCAACAGUAGUGUUCUAAAGGGAAUAGGGUGCCAUUUGGUACACAGCUGUUGUUCCCUGUGUGGUCACAUGACUGACUGAACAAACAGGUUUACCUACCGCUGCAGUUUUCUCCUCUUGUAAAACCUUGCAUCCACAGUUUCAUGCAUGAGGGGGGUUGUUGUACUGUUCUAACACCCCCCCUCAUGCAGAGUCACCAGGGGUGUGUUCAUAAGUGCACACCGUAGCAAACUGUUUUGUAACGUAAACAAGCAUUUCUUUAUUGGAGAAGUUCAGGUAUGUCCCUCUCGGUUUCAGCCCGUUUGCUUCUGCUUGGUUCCACCCCUGGCUAGCUAACCAGUGUGUUCCCUACUGACUGUAUAAUCCUGGGUAGUUUCCAGUAUUGUAUUGCACACUGUAUUGGACAAGUCCAGGUAGUCCCUCCCUUUUUCAUUGGGGUUUUGUCCCAUUCGGUGCCUAAUGAACCGCAAACGUUCUUCUCCUCUGUUUCUCUGCAGACUCUGUUAUGACCUGGGGACCUUAUCUUUACACCACGGUGAGUCUCACACACACAGCCUAGUAAAAUGUGUUUUCUAUGUUUUUAAGUUUUUUUAUUUUACAGACACAUUUGCUUUGUUUUGGAAGAUGUGAUGGAUUUUGCAUUCUAUGCGGUUCUUUCUGCAGACUGGGUGGUUUUAAAGUCUGGAGAAUACAAAAUGGAGCUGGUUUUGUAGUCCCCUGUAGCUCAGUUGGUAGAACAUGGCGCUUGCAGCGCCAGGGUUGUGGGUUGGUUUCCCACGGGGGGGCCAGUAUGAAAAAUGUAUGCACUCACUAACUGUAAGUCGCUCUGGAUAAGAGCGUCUGCUAAAUGACUAAAAUGUAAAAAUGUUUUGGUACCUAGGCAUGCUGGGGAUUGUAGUUUUACAUUGACAUUUUAGUCAUUUAGCAGAUGCUCUUAUCAAAUCAAAUUUUAUUUGUCACAUACACGUGUUUAGCAGAUGUUAUUGCGGGUGUAGCGAAAUGCUUGUGCUUCUAGGUCCGACAGUGUAGUAAUAUCUAACAAUUUCACAGCAUAUACCCAAUACACACAAAACUAGUAAGGAAUGGGAUUUAAGAAUAUAUACAUUUAUGGACAAGCAAUGACAGAGUGGCAUGGACUAAGAUACAGUAGAAUAUUAUAGAAUACAGUAUAUACAUAUGAGAUGAGUAGUGCAAGAUAUGUAAACAUUAUUAAAGUGACUAGUGUUCCAUUUCUUUAAGUGGUCAGUGAUUUCAAUAGGCAGCAGCAGCCUCUAAUGUGCUAGUGAUGGCUAUUUAACAGUCUGAUGGCCUUGAGAUAGAAGCUGUUUUUCCAUUCUCUCGGUCCCAGCUUAUGUAAGUGCAUACAUUUUCAUAUUUGUUCGUACUGGUCCCCCAUGGGAAUCGAACCCACAACCCUGCCGUUGCAAGUGCAACGCUCUACCAACUGAGCCACACGGGACUGUCUCCCAUUGCCCUCCACUCUCCAAUCCCUGUUAGAUGGCUACGGCCUGGGGGGAAGUGAACAAUGAUGCAUUUUGGGUAGUGUAGUUCUCUGACUGUGUCCCCAUUGCCUCCACUCUGCAGUCCCUGGGCGCGCUUGAGUGGUAAGGCUAAAGCAAUUGACUGUAGACAAGUCUGGGGAGGUGCAUCUGCGACAGCCGAAAGUCGGACACUAAUGUGGUUUUCCAAUCGCAAGGCUCGGAUCAACAUGGCAAUGUUGCCAUUGUUCAUACAAGUUUUUCUUUAUAAUGUUAAAAUAAACAACCCCCAUAUCACACCCUCACAAACUGAAAUCAUGUGUGUAGAUUGUACAAUCAGUUAUUGAGAGCCUCAAAUAUCACAUUAAUUUGUAUACCCACUGAAUACAUGAAUCGCGUUAAAGUUGCUUCCUGUUUCCGUCAUGUCUUUGGUCACGUUCGCGUAGGUCAAACAAAAACACCCUAAUGAUUGGUUGACAAUAGAGCCUUCCACAAUGGAGGAAAUGGCUGCAGGAUGAAAUUGGUGAAAACUUGCCUUCAAAACUUAAUGACCUUUUGAUCACAUGAUUUUGUUGUAAAGUUCAUGCAGUCGACAUGUAGGCGUAAGUCGAUUUUUCUUAAUCCCCAUAAUGCAACACACACACUUUGAAAGGCAGUGAUCAACGAUGGUCACUGACUUGACAAAAGUGAUCCGCUUGAACGCGCCCCCCUGCUAGAUGACUUAAGGCCUGGGGGAGGUGAACAGUGAUGCAUGUUGGGUAAUGUAGUUGUUCUCUGACCGUCUCCCCAUUGUCCUCCAUUCUUCAGUCCCUGCUAGAUGACUAUGGCCUGGGGGAGGUGAACAGUGCAGCGGAGGCGGUGAAGCAGGCGGUGGAUCAGGGGCAGUACCUGAAGGCCACAGAGCUCUGGUCUGUCACUGAGAGUGUUGUGGAACAGGUCAGUGGUGUGUGUUGGUGUGAAUCACUGAGUGUUGUGGAACAGGUCAGUGGUGUGUGUUGGUGUGAAUCACUGAGGGUGGUGUGUGUUUGUGUGAAUGCCAUGGUCAUCAGAGCAUCCUUUCAGCUCCUGUCUGAUUUCAGAACACAAAUGGAGUCAACUUCUACAACAUCCUCACCCAGGAACCUGAUGACAAGAUGACCUCCGUGGCUGGAGAAGGAUACCUCUGUAAGAUGCCUUUUCAGAUCAGUCUUUAAACAAGAAAAAAAUGGGGUGAAAUGUCUUUCUAGUUAUAAUUAGGUUAAGGUUUAUUUGAACAUCCUGGUACAUAUAUGCAGAAACAUACAUAAAAUGUGAUGUCAUACAAUAUUUAAAACACUGGUAAAAAGUUUUGUUACAAAUAUAUACUGUCUGUGGGAAAAAUGCUCCUUACUAGCCUGAAAAAUACAUUCCUGAGAUUACACCAUCACUUCCUGUUUGUUGGUGUACUUUCCGUGGUCCCUCCCACAGCCCUGCUGAUGCGCCGUCACAUUCGCCCCCUCCACCGCCAAUCACUGAGCCAGUUGAUGAACGGGCCAAUCAGGAAGAAGCUGGGAAUCAUCCCUCAGAACGUCACCUGGGGAGGUAAGACACUGCUACUGGGUCAAAAAUGGAUUCAUUUAAAAAGUGCUUCUUUUUUUAAAAGCUGUAAUAUGUCACUUUUUGGGCAACCCGACCAAAUUCACAUAGAAAUGUGAGUUAUAAAUCUGUCAUUCUCAUUGAAAGCAAGUCUAAGAAGCGGUAGAUCUGUUCUAUGUGUGUCAUCUCUAUGCUUUCCGUUUCUGAAAUUUCAUUUUUGUGUCUUACCUUCGGUUUUGUACACCAGCUUCAAACAGCUGAAAAUACAUUAUUUUUGCUUAUAGAAAAUCUAUUUCACAGUGGUUUAGAUCGUACAAAUGGCGUAGCGGUUUCUGCAUAUUGCACCUUUUAAAAAUAAAUGUGCCCUCCACACUCUCACACCUUUUCUCUCCUCUCUGACCUCACACUCAUCUAUCUCUCUCUUUUAAUCUCCCUCUCCACUUCUCAAUCUCUCACCCUCUCUCUCACUUUCUCCCUCUUACCCCCGUCUCUCUCCCCCCUCUAGGUCAGGCUGAUGCAGUGUUCAGCAGCAUGUCAGGUGACUUCAUGAAACCAGUGGUGGACGUGGUGGAUCAGCUGUUGGAUGCUGGGGUCAACGUCACCGUCUACAACGGACAGCUAGACCUCAUAGUGGACACCAUGGGUCAGUAAUUCCCCUAGCUACAGUUGUUUACAGGCUGGCCACAGAAUCAGCAUUCAACACUUACAUUUUGUAGUGAAAUCAGUUGAAGCCAAAACAGUGUAGACUGGGGGGGGGUGAUGGGGGGGGGGGGGUCUGGACAGGGCUGAUGUGGUGGGGGGGGGGUCUGGACAGGGCUGAUGUGGGGUGGGGGGGGGGGGUCUGGACAGGGCUGAUGUGGGGUGGGGGGGGGGGGGUCUGGACAGGGCUGAUGUGGGGUGGGGGGGGGGGGGUCUGGACAGGGCUGAUGUGGGUGGGUGGGGGGGUCUGGACAGGGGUGAUGUGGGGUGGGUGGGGGGUCUGGACAGGGUGAUGUGGGGUGGGGGGGGGGGUCUGGACAGGGCUGAUGUGGGGUGGGUGGGGGGGUCUGGACAGGGGUGAUGUGGGGUGGGUGGGGGGGUCUGGACAGGGGUGACGUGGGGGGGUCUGGACAGUGGUGACGUGGUGGGGGGGGUCUGGACAGGGCUGAUGUGGGGGUGGGGGGUGUCUGGACAGGGGUGAUGUGGGGGGGUCUGGACAUGGUGACGUGGUGGGGGGGGGUCUGGACAGGGGUGAUGUGGGGGGGGGGGGGGUCUGGACAGGGCUGAUGUGGGGUGGGGGGGGAUCUGCACGAAUUAGAUUAGCACUCAUGGUCUUCUUAAUGAAACUGUUUUUUGACAGUAUGGAGCUCGAUAUACCAAGGAGGAGUUUAGAACAGAGGAACUCCCUCAAACUGUUAUUCCACAGGCUGGGUUCCACAGGCUGGGUUCCACACUAUGCAUCUGUUGCAAAAUCCCUUUUUUUUUUUUUUUUUUUUUUUUUACUGGCUGUCCAUUGGUCUCAAAAAAACAAUGAUUGAUAGGCAGCUUAAACGUCUUCAGUUCAACCAUUAUUGGGUUAAAAUACACAUACAUUUGUGAACAGCCAUCCACAUCAACCACAAUCAGUAUGGCGCAAAUAGCUAAAUGACAGAGCAGCAGUGUGAUUGACAUCAAUGCGCUAUGUAGAUAUCAUUAAUAAGUGAUAUCUGUAGGCUACACCACUGCUGUCAUCCUUACCUCCAAGUGUUUAUCCAAGUUGGCUGUAUUUUUUAAAUUAUUUGUUUUAUUUAACCAGGUAGGCCAGUUGAGAACAAGUUCUCAUUUACAACUGCGACCUUUGCCAAGAUAAAGCAAAGCAGUGCGAUUAAAAACAACAACACAGAGUUACAUAUGGGGUAAAACAAAACAUAAAGUCAAAAAUACAACAGAAAAUAUAUAUACAGUGUGUGCAAAUGUAGCAAGUUAUGGAGGUAAGGCAAUAAAUAGGCUAUAGUGCAAAAUAGUUACAAUUAGUAUUAACACUGGAGUGAUAGAUGUGCAAAAGAUGAUGUGCAAAUGAGCAAAAUAAAUAACAAUAUGGGGAUGAGGUAGUUGGGUGGGCUAAUUUCAGAAGGGCUGUGUACAGGUGCAGUGAUCGGUAAGCUGCUCUGACAACUGAUGCUUAAAGUUAGUGAGGGAGAUAAGAGUCUCCAGCUUCAGAGAUUUUUGCAGUUUGUUCCAGUCAUUGGCAGCAGAGAACUGGAAGGAAUGAUAAUAUGAUCUUUGGAUGCCGACAGCAGUCGCACCAUUGGAAGACAUAGCUUGGACUGUAGCCUACAAAAGCCUAUUCCUGCUCUUUUCUAGAGAUCCAUCAAACACAUUUGGUGUGUCAUCAUAGAGGUCUCUGAUUGGUGGUCAUCAUUUGGUGUGUCAUCAUAGAGGUCUCUGAUUGGUGGUCAUCAUUUGGUGUGUCAUCAUAGAGGUCUCUGAUUGGUGGUCAUCAUUUGGUGUGUCAUCAUAGAGGUCUCUGAUUGGUGGUCAUCAUUUGGUGUGUCAUCAUAGAGGUCUCUGAUUGGUGGUCAUCAUUUGGUGUGUCAUCAUAGAGGUCUCUGAUUGGUGGUCAGAUUCACUCAGGUGGAACAAACUUAAACUUGUGCCUUUUUUCAAUGUUGAGAAAACAGAAAGGUGUCAAACAUCCUUUCUGAAAGUCCUCCAAUAAGAUCUAGUGUUUCUAUCUGUAAUCUGAUUACAAUAUUUUAGCUCGGAACGGAUUAGUUAGUUUUUUCAUAGUCCGUUAUAUUUCAUCCGUUACUCCCCAACCCUGGCUAUAGUGCAGUCAACCAUUUACCAAUAUUACCAUUAAUACAUUGACUAUUGGUCCCUGAUAGACAUUCAUACAUGAGGAUUGUUGAUUGCAUACAGAUUAUCAAUUGAUUACUCAUCACUGAUUGUCCAAUCACAGGUCAGGAGCAAUGGGUGAAGCAGUUGAAGUGGGUGGGGCUCCAGAGCUUCAGCCAAAUGAGAUGGACGGCCAUGGAUGACCCCGCCUUCCCGGGUGUAACCGGUGCCUUCUACAAGACAUACAAGAACUUCUCUUUCUACUGGAUCCUCAAGGCUGGACACAUGGUGAGGAAACCGAAACUUGUGUCCCAAUAAUGGGAUUUUAUUUUUGACAUAUAUUUAUUCGCUUUUCAAACGGGACAAUCAUCAGAGUUGGUACAGUAAUACUAAACUCUCCUUUCUCCCAAAGUGGGACAUGGUUUACUUCCCUUCAUGGAUUUGAAACAAAAUGACUGCUAUAUGGAAACUUCCUCUAUAGCCCAUGCCUACAUCAAUCCAAUGUUUUUACAUUUACAUUUUAGUCAUUUAGCAGACGCUCUUAUCCAGAGCGACUUACAGUUAGUGAGUGUAUACAUUUUCAUACUGUCCCCCCGUGGGAAACGAACCCACAACCCUGGCGUUGCAAGCGCCAUGCUCUACCAACUGAGCUAUAUUUGUGGAGAGUAGUGAACGAGUGCAUACUUCAGAAGGGAGAGAUUAUUGGAACGCGACCACAGUGUUGGAGUAGGAAGACGAUGCAGAAGAUUGAAACCCAGUAGGCAGCCAUUAUGGCCCAGUAGUGUUUCAUUGGGAAUAUCUCAAUUGUAUACUCUUCACGUCCUCUCUCCUCGUCUCCUUCUCAAAACCCAUUGGAGGAGAAGGUAAGAAGGAAGGGACCUGGCUUUCUCAUCCAAUGGGUUUUGAAGAGGAGACGAGGAGGAGUAUGCAAUUGAGAUCCUCCCGUAGUAUUAUUUUUGUCUUGCACUCCCAUGAUGCAUUGCUCUCGGUCUCUGUUAUCAGAUCCCCUCGGACCAGGGACCCAUGGCACUGCAGAUGCUGAAGAUGAUCACACAGCAGGACUAACACACACCAUAACACACACACUCCAUAACACACACUAGAGCUGGACGAUAUAAGGGAAAGAAAUCCAGAUUGUGAUCAAUUUAAAUUUUUGUAUAAAUCAAAUCAAAUUUUAUUUGUC